UCUCUCUAUCUCUCUCUCUUCUCCCCUCUCAAACCAGCCUCUUGAAGCUCUGAAAGUUAGAAUCUAUCUUGGUUCCUCAAUUCAACUUUGAACAAGGAAAAGAAACCAGAUCAUUGUUCUUUCUUUCUUCUUUCUCACAGAUCCAAGAAGAUUCUCUACCACUGCGGAUUGUCAGUUUUGUACCAAUCAGAGGUUCAGUUUCUGCGCUCGAAAAAUGCCACACUUCUGAGCGAGUCACCGUCUCCUAGCGAAAUGGGAUUCAGUGAAUUGAACACGUGGAAUGCACGGUUAUCAUAAGCAGUCUAGAGCUUCCCGAAUCUCAAAUUUCUUCGAUUUUCUGAUGAAAAAGGGGUAGUGUACCGAACCGAAGCAGUUGGUUGCUGACCAGGGUGAGAAAGAGGAACUUUGAUUUCCUUGAACGUUAAUGGCGGAGAAGGGAAGAGUAUGUGUGACAGGGGCAGGAGGGUACUUGGGUUCGUGGGUCGUGAAGCUUCUACUCUCUAGGGGCUACAUAGUACAUGGAACCGUUAGAGAACCAGGAGAUGAAAAGAAUUCUCAUCUGAAAAAACUGGAGCAUGCUGCACAGGAUUUGCACCUUUUCAAGGCAGACUUGCUGGACUACCAGUCACUUUGUGCAGCCAUUGCAGGAUGCAAAGGAGUAUUCCAUGUUGCGAGCCCAGUUCCAUCAGGAACUGUACCAAAUCCAGAGGUAGAACUCAUUGAGCCUGCAGUAACCGGUACACAUAAUGUACUCAAAGCAUGUUCUGCAGAAAAGGUGCAUAAAGUUAUUGUUGUGUCAUCUGUAUCUGCUGUCUCCAUGAAUCCUAAUUGGCCAAAGAAUCAAGUUAUGGACGAAAUGUGCUGGUCUGAUAAGGAAUACUGCAGGGAAACCAAGAACUUUUACUGCCUUUCCAAAACUUUAGCAGAAAGUCAGGCUUUAGAGUAUGCAAAAAACAAUGGUCUCAACAUUGUGACAGUUUGUCCAAGUCUUAUUCUUGGACCAAUAUUGCAGCCAACGAUGAAUGCCAGCAGCUUGAUUCUCAUCAAGCUUUUGAAAGAGGGAUAUGAAUCAUUGGAAAACAAAGUCCACGUAAUUGUAGAUGUCCGUGAUGUAGCUGAAGCACUUCUACUUGCAUAUGAGAAGCCUGAAGCAGAAGGAAGAUACAUAUGUGCAUCACAUACGAUCAGAGCAAAGGACCUGAUCGAGAAGUUAAGGAGCAUGUAUCCUAACUACAACUAUCCAAAGAAUUUUAAGGAGGUCAUGGCAGAAGAAAACUAUAGUUCUGAGAAAUUACAGAAGUUGGGGUGGAAAUACAGGUCAUUGGAGGAGAGCCUUUCUGAUUCUGUUAGAAGCUACCAAGAGGCUGGGAUCCUGGAUAAGAACUAAAUGACUUGUUUUGUCAUUUCUAGUUUUCUUUUCCUUUCUAGGAAAACAAUUUUAUUUGAGAAGAAAAUAAAUAAUUGGACAUGCUUUUAAUUGACCUAUUUUAUUCACACUGAAACUGCCGAUAAUCGAACUUACCCAUUUGCAUAAGCA